CCUUCGCUCCAUUUCUCUCACCUCUCCUCUUCUCUCGUCUCUGGGUCUUUUCCAUUCCAAGCGUCGGCAGUUUAUUUUGUUGUCUUCUGAGUAACAAAACUACAAAAUAAGUAACAGAACAGAGAAACAGGGGGGAGGGGGGAUAAAAGAAAAAAGGAAAAAGAAUAUUCAACUUAUUCAUAUAUAAACAUAAAUAAAUUAUAGAAAUAUAUUGGAAUACAAAAGGGCCCUCUUCCUCUCACACACACUCACUCAGUGUCAUUGUGUCAAAGUGCAUGUUUUGUUUGUAUCGUGAUUUGUGUGUGAGUGGGGUGCGCAGGAUAAGCAGAAGGGAAGAUAGAAAGAGCUAGAAAUUCUAUUCAUAUUAAAGAAAAGGGAGGUUGCUGUUUUAACAACCCAUCAUAUACUAGUUUUUAAGGCCAUUUAAUUUAAUUGCGCCUUUUUACUAUAUUCUCCUUUUUCGUUUGUGUGUAAGUGUGUUACUAUAAACAAUAAAAAUAAUUAAUAUUAGUAGGAUAUACAUUUGUUUAUUUUGGGGUUUUGUGGCCUCUGAGUUAGUGAAUGUGAGUGUGUGAGUUAAAUACCCAUUUUGGGAGAAUUUUGAUAUUAAAUUUGCAUGCUUUUGGAUUUGGAAGCUGGAAUGGCUGCCAAGUUGGGAAUUCACAAUAUUGUGCAGCUCUGCUUCUUUUUCUCCUUGCUUUUGGUGCCUUUGGUUUCUGGUGGCAGAGCCACCACCGCCACCACCGGUGGUGGAAGUGGUGGCGGCGGUUCCAGUCAGAAGCUUAAUGUUCAGAACCAUUUGAAGAAUUUGAACAAGCCUCCUGUUAAGUCCAUCAAGAGUCCUGAUGGGGAUAUCAUUGACUGUGUUCAUAUGUCACACCAGCCAGCUUUUGAUCAUCCUGACCUCAAGAAUCACAAAAUUCAGAUGAAACCACAGAAUUUCCAUCCAGAAGGGAAAAUUUUGGCAGACAGCAAAGUAUCCUCAAGUUCCAGCCCUGUGGCUCAGCUGUGGCACCAAAACGGAAGGUGCCCGGACGGAACGAUUCCGGUCCGGAGGACUAAGAAGGAAGACAUAUUGAGGGCAAGCUCAAUUCAGCGAUUUGGGAAGAAGAAGCAAAAGAGUUUUCCUCAGCCAAGUGCAAAACCUCUUCCUGAUAUCCUCACUCAAAGUGGUCACCAGCAUGCAAUAGUUUAUGUGGAAGGAGAUAAGUAUUAUGGAGCUAAAGCAACCAUAAACGUUUGGGACCCUAGAAUUCAACAACCAAAUGAGUUUAGCCUCUCUCAAAUGUGGAUUCUUGGUGGCUCUUUUGGUCAAGAUCUUAACAGUAUUGAAGCAGGUUGGCAGGUUAGCCCAGAUUUGUAUGGAGAUAAUAACACAAGGCUCUUUACUUAUUGGACAAGCGAUGCAUAUCAAGCUACUGGUUGCUACAAUCUUCUCUGUUCUGGCUUUAUUCAAAUUAACAGUGAUAUAGCCCUUGGUGCUAGCAUCUACCCACUUUCUAACUAUGGUUCUUCCCAAUAUGAUAUUAGCAUUCUGGUCUGGAAGGACCCAAAAGAAGGGAACUGGUGGAUGCAAUUUGGGAACAACCAUGUUCUUGGGUACUGGCCAGCAUCUUUAUUUUCUUACCUCUCAGACAGUGCCUCAAUGAUUGAAUGGGGGGGAGAAGUUGUGAAUUCUGAGUCUGAUGGCCAACAUACUUCAACACAAAUGGGGAGUGGCCAUUUCCCUGAUGAAGGUUUUGGCAAAGCAAGUUACUUCAAGAACAUUCAGGUUGUCGACGGCGAAAACAAGCUUAGAGCUCCAAAGGACCUAGGCAUUUACACUGAGCAAGAUAGCUGCUAUAAUGUUAAAACUGGUAAUGCUGAUGAUUGGGGCAAUUACUUCUACUAUGGUGGUCCUGGAAGAAACCCCAACUGCCCUUAGUCUGCGAAGACGCUGACUAAGGACCUGUUUGGUUUGUGAAAACGUUUUGUUUUCGUUAUUUUCUGUUUUUAAAAUUUUGUGAACGAAAAAAUAAAUCGGAAAAUGAGAUUUUAUUGGUUUUUACUAGUUUUAUUUUUUCUUCACAAAAUUAUUGAAAAUAGAAGAUAUUGGAAAUAAAACAGCUGAAUUUUCACUGAUCAAAUAGGCUCCAAGGAAAGAAAAGAAGAAAAAUAACUGAAGAAAAAACAAAAAAACUAAUGUUCAUUUUAUCUGGUAUAGGUUGUAUCUUGUGCUAGUUCUUGUUAGGUUUUGGUCCAUUAUGAAGCUAUUAUUCUCCUUUUAAGGUCUCCAAUAAAUUGUUGGAGAAAAAAGGUUGGUGGCUUACUGGCUUUCUAGAUUUACAGGGAUCAAGUUUUCUUUCAUUUUUCUUUUUAUUUUUAUUUUUUGACUUUUUUUCUUGUUCAUAUAUAAAUAUGUGCCGUUUCUUGGUUUGCUCUUCUCUCUAGAGCUGCGAAAAGUUGAGGGUGGUGUUGUGAAUGUGAACAGAAUAUUCCUAGUAUGGUGACAAGUGAGUUCAAGGUUUCUAUGUAUUUAUGAUUAUUUUAUUACGGUGCUUGAUUUGUUGAAAAACAAAUUGUCUUAAUAAUAAGAUAUGUAUAAAACCAUUUAUGUA